UUUUUUGAAGAUAAGUUUGAAAUCUACUGAUUCUGAUAUUUGUAUUGUCAUUUUCUGCUGCUUUAGAGAAUUUCCCAUCUUAGUUAUCUCUGGAUCUACCCCUCAUGCUGCAGUGGACAUUGCUAUUGGUCCUUGGUUUGCUUAGCAGACAAACUGCUAUUGCAAAGAAAUCUGUGGUGGAACCCAGGCCUUCAUGGACACCUAUUUUGGAAGGAGAGGCAGUGACUUUAAUUUGCCACGGGGUCGGCCCUCUUAAAGAAGAAAGGGCAUGGUGGUACAAAAACCAACAAUCGCGAGGAAUUCUAUCUACAAACAUCAUUCAGACUAACCAGCCUGGAGAAUACAGAUGCCAGACCCAGGGCUCAACCCUCAGUGACCCUGUAAACCUGGUAUUUUCUUCUGAUCCGCUGAUCCUGCAGACCCCAUAUUCUGUGUUUGAAGGAGACACAUUGGUCCUGAGAUGCCGGGGAAAGAACAAUGGGACAAUCAGUCACAUGACAUACUAUAAAGAUAAAAGAAAAUUGCGUGAUCUUAUUACAGAUUUUGAUAAGUUCCUCUCCCUCUCACAAGUUGGCUUAAAUGACAGUAGCAAAUAUCAAUGCACAAGAAUUGUUAGUUCUAUUUGGUCUACUUGGAGAGAAACCUCAAAAAAUGUAGCUAUCCAAGUCCAAGAACUGUUUUCACCUCCUGAUCUGAAAACCACAACCUCCGAACCCAUAGAAGGGACCCCAGUGAAUCUGAGCUGUGAGACUCAGCUCUCUCCACAGAGGUUAGACACAAAACUGUACUUCUCCUUCACCAGAGAUGGCAUGGUCAUCACAUCAAGUGGGAAGAAUUCCCAUGUGCUCCAGAUCCCCGCCAUCCAGACAAAAGACUCAGGGUCAUACCGGUGUGAGGCAAAAGCAGUGACUCAGAAUAUUUUGAAACAGAGCAACUACGUGAAGAUCAGUGUGAAAAGUGGAAAUCUCUCCUCAUUCAAUUCAAGUGAAAAGAUUAGUCACUUAUCUCUUGGACUCAUUGUGACCCAGUUCAUUGUGGUUGUACUUGCCGCUUCUGCACUCCUAUUUUUCUUUGGACCUUGGAGUAAGUCAGGGAAAAGAGAAUUCCUGCCAGGAAGUAAAGCAAGAAGUUGAAGCCUACGGCUGCCCUUCUAUUCUUCUCAGAAUGAGAGUAUACCAGGCUAGAAGUGUGUCUACCACCCCUCUUAAAUAUUAUUAAUCUAGGGACAUGAUCAAGUUCCAUCUAACUUCUGAUCACUUUGUCAUUUGGGGUAGGAGUACCUCAAGAUUUACAUCCAAGGCUUGGCCCCUUUCUCACCAAAUUCCACUUCUAUAAUGAAUAAAAAUAGCAAAGAACAUUCAUCUAUUCAAAUCAAUAGCAAAAUAGAAAUCAAAGAAAAUAUAGAUAAGAGAAUAUAGGCCAGAGUGCAAAGUGAAGGUACUCUUUCAUUGGGUGUGAGGUAACUCAACUCAACCAAAAGAGAAUAUCUUGAUUCUCCCCCAAGGGGAAAUUUAGCUGGAGUCUCUAGUGUAGCAAGGACAUGAUAGUGAUUGCCUAUUCCUGCUAUGUCUUCCCAGAGUCUUUUCCUUUAAGUGGUACUAGUCUCUUCCAUCUUUCUCUCUUGAGGCUAGAAACCAGAAGCACUCAAAGCAACUCCAUCCUUGAAACGUACCAAAGGGAGACUUUAAGGGGACUCUUAAAGGGUGGCUCUCCCUUGCUUCUCACCAACUCAUCCCUGUUCUUCACAUAGGCCGGGGCUUUCAUCUUCUCUGAUAAGGAGAACUUCUCAUAAAGGAGGUUACAAAACGAAGCAAAAUUUUAUUUUCACAGUCAUUUCCCUUUCUCCUUCCCUGCCUAGGGCACUCAUAAAACUUUGUUGAUUUAUUUGGAGGGUUGGCAGAAAGAGAGAGCUUCAGGGUACUUUGAGUCAAGCAAAGAGGUGAAAUAGGGAAUGUCACAAAGGUAUAUAGUUUUUUUUUUUUUUUUUUAAGGCAUACAAAGAAGAAUUGAAGGCACCAAAGAGCCACUUUAAUAAAUCUUUGGUUUUCCUUAGGACUGGUCCUGACUAUGAUGAUAAUAGCAAAUUCACAUUUCUAUAGCACUUUCGGUUUGCAGAGCUUUUCCCUAUACAAUGACCCUUAACAAUGAGUGGUGCAAAUGAAAUCCAUUUUACAGAUGAGGAAACUGAAGAUCAUAAGUAAGUAGUGAAGAAAUUUGACAAUAAUCAUAUAGUCAGUGUUAAAUAUAGGCUUGGGAGCCAGGGCUUUCUACUCCAGAUCCAUCAUUCUUUUAUAUAUAUAUAUAUUACAUAUGUAUAUAAAUGCACACACACACACACACACACACAUAUAUAUAUAUAUAUAUACAUACACACACACAGAGCUGUGUAUAUUUAAACACAUUUGCAUACACAAAAGUUCAUGUGUCUAUAUAUGUAUAAACAUAUAUGUAUGUAUGUGUAUAUGUGUGUGUUGAGUGUCCUUGGAUGUUCAAGUUGUUCUACCACCUCUGGUAUGAUGUCUAACUGAGUCCAUUUCGGGGCUACUCAUUUAUCUUUGGUGUCCACCUGGUAUUUCUUUCUUAGCUGUGGCUAUAAGAAGCUGUAGCAUGUGCAGCAGCAACAUCCUGGGAAGCCAUCUCAGCAGAUAAACUAAACCAGACUGAGGGUAACUGACAGGCCACAAAGCUCUUUGUGAGUUAGGGGGAGGUCUACCCUAAGCAUGUGAAGAUUUACCCCAGUGGAAUGGGGAGAUGAAUAGAGUUAGUUCCAACAGCAAUGAAAGUGGUUGAACCAAGCAUUGUGAAGCUUGACAAGGAAUCAAAAAUGCCAGGGUCAUCCACUUGCCAGUGGAUUUCAAUGCCAGGAAUAAAGUCCUGGAUUGAGGACUUUAUGCAAUUCUGACUCACUUAAAGACAUUUCAUGCAUGAGUCGAAACAUUACCUUGUUCCCUUUAAAAAUGGACAAAUAAUAAACAUAUAUGAUAACAAUAUCAUAUAUAUACAUACA